UGGUCAAUCUCUGCGUGCCGAAGUCUUCGCAGUAAGACGAGAACCAGCUCGCCAGGACGAAUGGAAGCCCAACCGUAAUCAAUCCCUACCUCAUGGGGAGUAGGUGUACAAGGCUCUCCCAGCACCGGCUGGUCGAUGAUGUUAGCUGUUUUUUUGGUGACAGUACAGCUUCAAUAGGCGGUAGUCAGCCCGUCUUCCGUCUACAACCGCUUGGCUCUCAUUGGUGCUAUCCUUGUAUCUGCUUGCCUACACUGACAGGAAAAUCUGUGAUCAGAGACUUGAAAAUCACCUCGACGAUGCUGCGCUUCUGCACGACGUGACAACAAAUCCAAAGCAGAUCGGCUCCCAUCUACGGAGAUACCGCAUUGCUCCCGGCAUGUGCUAGGCUAAACUGGCUGCUGUUUUUACCGACAGUGAAUGUGUGCCGAAG